AUGGCUCCGAAGCCCUCUCAACCGCCUAAUUUAUCAUCGGCUUCAGGAUCACCUAAUCUUGCCUCAAAAAGAAAUCGAGCAUCGCGGUCAGAUGAUGAAGAGAUUAAUUCCACAUCCCGCAAGCAGCAUAGGAGGGUUUCCAAAGCAUGUGAACGCUGCCGCCUGAAGAAGACCAAGUGUAAUGGGGAAAUGCCAUGUCAACGGUGUACAGAUGACGGAGUUGCCUGUUGUGAAGGAGCUCGAAAGAAAAGUGGAUCUAAAACUGUUGCCGAGAGCUGUGUUGAACUACUCGAAUACCAGCAAACUAAGCUUAUCGCUGGUCAUCUUAAAAUGUAUCAAAUUAUGGUGGAAACCGGAACCUGGUCUUUCGGGGAAGUGAGAAGAAAUGGUCGAGGUGUUCCCGUUGUCCACGAUAUUCUUGAAAAAUUAGGAGUCAUGCGAUGUAGUAAAGAUCUUCCUAACGGUUUCCCCGAAAGUCCCGACGAAAAUCGGGCACUUCGAGGACAACUUGAGGCAACUCGAGAUCAGAAAAAGCACCGAGAGGAGCACGAAUUCCGCAAGAGAUCACACCUUGAACAGGCCCCACCUUCAUUGGUACACACAGACCGUGAGAGUAGUGUAGACAGUAGUCGUUCUAGUUUCAGCGGAACAACUAAAAAUUCCAUCGAAUUGGAACACAAGUAUACGCCUCCCGCUUUAAUAGUAAAUUCACUUUCUAAUUUCGAGCAACAAAACGAACCACUACCUCCGAAUAAAUGCACUUCGUUCAAAUAUUCAGUAAAUCCUGCUGAUAGUAAGAAUCUAUCUGCUAUGACUCUCCCUAGUUCGACCAACGUUACUUUAGCAAGCGACAUUUGUGGUAAUACUCCAAUGACAGAUAGGCUCAAGAAUAUGCCAAGUUAUCAUCAAUGGAAUCGAAUAGGACUAAAUUCAUCAACUGAACCUGCACCUACUCAAUUCAUGACACAGGUUACAGCACCAUUUAGUGAUAUCCAUGUAUACAACGCCAUGAAUCAUCAAAACACAUCCUUUAAUGCGUUACCGAUGCUAGGUUCUGAAUUUCUUCAACCAAUAAAUAUUAAUAUGGAAAUGGUUCCAACAGUUAUGAAAUAUUCAUUCGACCCAUACAUGGGCUAA